UCUGUCAGGAGAUGAAUUUCUUCGUCCCCCCCCUCCCUUCUGCUGAGAAAAACCCCAGAGUCUAACAUGGGAGAGGAAUAAAAGCUUUGAGGGACACAUGUUGGGACUCCUGGCUUCCUCCUGGCCCGUGUAGACAUCACUGCAACCCCUGAAAAAUGAUCAUCAGGAAAAGACGUACCAAGCUAGCUAGCUACAUUUUUUUGUGAGGAUGCACAGAUGUGGAUACGUGUAUCAGGUUGGUACCAGAGCUGGAUAGCGAGCCACCGCUCUGAUUGAAGCAGCGAAUCAAAAGCCUCCUGGGGACUGGAUGCUGCAGCUGGAUGUCAGCUUCCUGUUCCCGCCACCAUUGAGGGAUUCUUGAGGGACCAUCCUGAGUGUUGAAGCAGCCUGAAAACACAAAAACAAACACAGAUAACCACAGUUUGUGUGCACCGUCCUGACUGCACCUUGUGAAUCAAAGCCGCACUUGCACUAGACACACAUCUGCUCUACGGUUGAGACACAGAGCCUGGGUGCUCACCUGCUGCACUGCCUGGACAGCCACCUGAUAGAGCUGUCAGCGAUGACAUCACACAGCCAUCAAGAGGGGAUCCUGGGGAAGGAGCAGCCGCUGGAGGUGCUGAAGACAUCGGCGCUCAACCACAUCCCAACAGUGGACAUCAACUCAGCGCUGCCCCUGCGUCUCCCUCCAGCCGCCAUCCCUAUGGACCUGCGCGUGGACCACCACCAACAGCAGCAGCAGCAGGUGUCAUCGCUCUCCCCGCCCGGCCAGCAGUCGUCCGGCCCGGGGUCUCUGGGAGGAUCAGGCCCGGGUGGCGGGGGCGGCGUGGUGGCGGCCUCGGUGCGAGAGCAGCAGCUGCAGCAGGAGCUGCUGACCCUGAAACAGAAGCAGCAGAUCCAGAGGCAGAUCCUCAUCGCGGAGUUUCAGCGGCAGCACGAACAGCUGUCACGCCAGCAUGAGGCCCAGCUCCAAGAGCACAUUAAGCAACAGCAGGAGCUUCUGGCGCUGAAGCACCAGCAGGAGCUUCUGGAACACCAGAGGAAGAUGGAGAACCACCGUCUGGAGCAGGAGCUGGAGAAGCAGCAGAGGGAGCAGAAACUGCAGUUACUGAAGAACAAGGAGCGAGGACAGGAAAGCGCUGUGGCGAGUACUGAGGUGAAGAUGCGGCUGCAGGAGUUUGUCCUGAACAAGAAGAAGGCCCUUGCUCAGCGCAGCCUCAACCAAGGAGGCCUCCCCAAUGAUGCUCCGUACUGGUACCGCAAAACUCAGCACAGCUCUCUGGAUCAGAGCUCGCCUCCACAGACUGGUGUCUCCACCUACAACCACCCUGUGCUGGGUGUCUACAACCCGCGUGAUGACUUCCCACUGCGAAAAACUGCCUCCGAGCCCAACCUGAAGCUACGCUCCCGGCUGAAGCAGAAGGUGAGCGAGCGGAGGAGCAGUCCGCUGCUGCGUCGCCGAGACAGUCCCAUCACCACUGCCAAGAAACGCUCGCUCGACAUGGCAGAUUCUGCGUGUAGCAGCGCCCCAGGCUCAGGCCCGAGCUCGCCUAAUAACAGCUCCAACAACAUCCCCAAUGAGAACGGCAUCACUGUGCCAGUGUCCAACAACACAGAGGCGUCUCUGGCCCAGAGGCUGUGCAGCGGUGCUGAGCGGGGCUCCGUUAACCAGCUGUCCCUCUACACUUCACCAUCCUUACCCAACAUCACCCUGGGGCUGCCCGCCACUGCCACGGCCACGGCUGCUUCAAAUGUGACCUCAGCCCAGCAGGAUGGAGGUCUGCAGCCGGCUCUCUCUCUCAGCCCCCCCUUCCUCUCUGGCGGCCACUUGACCCCCUACCUAGCUGAGGCUGGAGCAGGAACAGGCGGACAUGGUGCGCACAGUCCGCUGCUCCAACACAUGGUGCUGAUGGAGCAGAGUCCGGCACAGAGCCCCCUGGUGACAGGUGUGAGCGGCCUCUCCAUGUCCCCGGCCGCCUCCAUGGCCAAGCUGCAGCGGCAGCACCGACCCCUGGGACGCACCCAGUCGGCCCCUCUGCCCCAGGGGAGCGCGGCCCAGGCUCACGCCCAGGCCCUGGCCCUGCAGCAGCUGGUGGUGCAGCAGCAGCACCAGCAGUUCCUGGAGAAGCACAAGCAGCAGUUCCAGCAGCAGCAGCUCCACCUUAACAAGAUGAUGGCCAAACCCAGCGAGUCUCCCGUUGGACGCCAGCACCAGAGCCACCCAGAGGAGACAGAGGAGGAGCUAAGGGAGCAUCAGGACGGAGGAGGUGGAGGAGGCGGGAACCUGCCGCCGGGGGUCACCAUCAAGCAGGAGCCACCUGACCCCCAGGAGCUGCAGGAGGAGAUGCAGCACAGGGAGAGGCAGGCGGAGCAGGAGCUGCUAUUCAGACAGCAGGCACUGUUGUUGGAGCAGCAGCGGAUCCACCAGCUCAGAAACUAUCAGGCCUCCAUGGAAGCCGCCGGCCUGUCAAUCUCCUUCCCCGGACAUCGGCCUCUGUCCCGAGCUCAGUCGUCUCCGGCCUCGGCCCCCUCCUUCCCGAUCAGCGUCCCGACCUCCGACCCCCCCGUCAAACCUCGCUUCACAACAGGCCUGGUGUACGACUCCCUCAUGCAGAAGCAUCAGUGUAUGUGUGGAAACACCAACAGCCACCCCGAGCAUGCGGGACGAAUCCAGAGCAUCUGGUCUCGUCUGCAGGAGACCGGCCUCAGAUCGCAGUGUGAGUGUAUCCGUGGGAGGAAGGCCACUCUGGAGGAGCUGCAGACGGUUCACUCUGAAGCCCACGUCCUGCUGUACGGAACCAACCCUCUCCGACAGAAACUUGAUUGUUCAAUCACUCCAAUGUUCGUACGGCUGCCAUGUGGAGGAGUCGGGGUGGACAGCGACACCAUCUGGAAUGAGGUGCACUCCUCUAGCGCUGCACGGCUCGCUGUCGGCUCAGUGGUGGAGCUCGUUUUCAAAGUGGCUACAGGAGAGCUGAAGAACGGUUUUGCUGUGGUCCGCCCUCCUGGACACCAUGCAGAGGAGAGCACUCCCAUGGGUUUCUGCUACUUUAACUCUGUGGCCAUUGCAGCCAAGCUGCUGCAGCAGAGACUCAACGUCAACAAGAUCCUCAUUGUGGACUGGGACGUCCACCACGGGAACGGCACCCAGCAAGCUUUCUACGAUGACCCCAAUGUCCUUUAUCUGUCCAUUCAUCGCUACGACGACGGCAACUUUUUCCCUGGAAGUGGAGCACCUGAUGAGGUGGGCAGUGGGCCCGGAGUCGGCUUCAACGUAAACGUCGCCUUCACAGGAGGCCUGGACCCACCAAUGGGUGAUGCAGAGUACCUGGCUGCCUUCAGGUCGGUGGUGAUGCCAAUAGCCAACGAAUUUGCCCCUGACAUCGUGCUGGUCUCCUCUGGUUUCGAUGCUGUGGAAGGACACCCCCCACCCCUGGGCGGCUACACUCUGACAUCUAAAUGUUUUGGCUACCUGACCAGGCAGUUGAUGACUCUCGCUGGAGGCCGGGUGGUCCUGGCUCUGGAGGGGGGUCACGAUCUCACCGCCAUCUGCGAUGCCUCUGAGGCCUGUGUGGCCGCCCUGCUCGGACAGGAGCUGGACCCGCUGCCGAAGGCCGUCCUCGAGCAGAGGCCCAACCCCAAUGCAGUUCGCUCUCUGGAGAAAGUUUUAGAGACUCACAGUAAGUACUGGCGUUCGGUGCACCGCUCCUCCCCACGGCUUGGACUCUCCCUGCUAGAGGCCAAACGAGGAGACUCUGAGGAGGCCGAGGCCGUCAGUGCCAUGGCCUCUCUCUCCGUGGCUAACACCAACGCCAUGGAUCAAAGGCCUGAGGAGGAGCCCAUGGAGGAGGAGGAGCCACUGUAACGGAGGGAAACACUGUUGGGGUGUCACACCGUUACCAUUGACCUCUCCGGAGACAACUCUUUGAGCUGCGAAGAGUCUUCGACUGACCCCUUCAUUUAGUCCCCCUAAACCCCACUCACCACGUCAGUCACCUUGAUUGGCGGCCCCUCGGCCAAUAUAACGAGGGAGAGGGGGUGGGCUCAGCCUCAGAGUAGGGAGCCAAUCAGGAGACAGAGGACUGAAAAUGGGAAAAAAAGAAAUUAAAGAGACUCGUUUUUUUCUGUCAGUCUUCGCCCUCUCAUGUUAGCCCACUGCGGCUAACUCUGUGACCAAGGCAGCAGGUGGGUGUGUUUGGAGUUUGGGUGAGGUUCGGCCUUGCCGCCGAAAGGUGUGAUUUCACUGCAGGAACAUACGGUGCUUUACACAGCUGCCUUCUGACCACGUACAGUAUGGACACCAGGGACAGCAGACGAUCCCGGCUGCAAGCUCGGGAGUUUCUUUUCUCUUUUAUCGACUAUUUCUUCCUGCGACGCCAACGGCAUCGCAGUGAUUGAGAUCAUAUUUUAAAGAUGCAUUCACUGUGGACUUUGGUCGAGCUGAGUCGACUUUUACAAAGAUUUGAAGACGAGACUGUCGCCUCGCCGGACCAGCCUGUCGUUGGAAAAAAAAAAAAAAGGUUGACGAGUGAGAGGAGUGCCUUGGUGAGGGAGGGUCCCCCGCUGGAUUUCAGGAUUGUUUUCAGGAAAAGAUUGCCUUAAGUCAAACGAGGGAGGAAAAGUUUCCGCUCCUUUUGGGACGGGACGACUUAGAAAUAAAGCAAACAAUCUUUCAGCAUGUUUACUCGGAACGUGACGAAGACGGCGUUUACGUCUCGCACAGCUUCUCGAAGAAGAAGAGUUACUUUACUUUUGGAUGGAUCUAUUUUUCUGUAAAAAAAGAAAAAAAAUCACAAGGAAGCGCUUUGGAAAGGUAGUUGCCAGCUUCAGUAGGUGCGAACAUGGAAACUUCAAAAUUAGACUCUCAAAAACAAGCCUUUGAUGUAGCUUCCCUUUAACAGAAGUCACUGCUUUGUAAACACAUGAAGCAUGCAUUUUAGCGGAACGACCCGACGUUUUUUAGCGAGGUUUUACCCAAAAAGAGAAAGCCAAGCGAGAAAAGCCAAAGCAUGAGUUUGCAUUUACAGUAGUACUUUCACUUCACUUAGCUGGCAAGACAUUUCUCGUACUGGCCCUUUAAGAGAAGGCUCCCGGUACAACAGUUCAAUGUUUACUAAUUUAACCCUCCACGGAUCAAGCGAGCAUUUCUGAACCAGUCGGCUCUCCGUACAUCGGCCGGUUGGCAGCUACCUUGGUUGCUAGUGUGAGCGAGUCAUGUAUAUUGAAUUGAAUAUAUUUUGCGGGGCGGUAAUCGCCUGUUUGUAUCUUACAUGUAUGAUUUCCACAUCAAUAUAAAGAAAAACAGAAAAAAAAAUCGUGUUUGGUAAGCGUGUCCACUUUUUAUUUUUUAUCGUAUAAGAUUAUUUUUCUAACUUUUUCAUCCAUAGAUUUUUGUUCUGUGUUUUUAUCCGUUUUCUGGAUAGUUAUAGGGCUGCCAUUCACACUCUUAGUACUAUUGUCACCUCUUGUUCCAAGACUUUCUUUCUUGUAUUUAUCAAAAACAAGGAGCAACACCUCCUUUAUUUCUUUAUUUCUUUCUUUCCAAAGGCUCUCAGCCUUUUUCUGCAUUUUCAUCAAUCAUGUAUUUAUAACAUGUACUGUUUAUAGCAGAUUUGUAUAUGGAAAAAUUUAUAAAUGUACUCUAACUAAUGACAGCUAUGAUAUUGUGAGCGACAAACAGUAUGGUGUACGAUAUUACCAUGGACUUAAAAAAAAGAGAAAAAGCAGCGUAUUUAACUCGUCAUCGACUGCACUGAAGUCAUCACAUGGCACUGCAAUUGACAUUUAAAGCAAAACAUUUGAUCACUUUGUUGCCUAAUUGAUGCAUUUUUCCUUACCACUUACCUUUAAAACUGUGGCAACACAUCCAUAAAGAGGUUUAAAGGAAGUUUAAUGUAGCUGGCUGGGUUUUAUUUUGGCGGGGAAUGCAAAAUAAAGAGCUCAAAUUGAUUUUUUUAGAAGGAAAAACUCAGCAGAUAUCUUUAAAUUCUCUCUCUGAGCAUGUGUUGCACUAUCAUGUUCAGCUUUUUCUGCUUCAAUCGACGCUCAAAGACUGUAAACUGCUUCGUUAACCAGCUUAUUCAAGGCGACUAUCAUGUUUAUUUUGAUAUCAUUUUAUUUAACAUAUUUUCAUGUCUAACAAACAUUCCACUUGUUUCAUUUGGCUUAUUUUUUUACUUAUUUUAUUUUUUGUAGAAACUUUGACUGCUUUCUUUUUCGCCGUCUGCUCGCGCCAACUUUAACUCUUUGCAUGGUUUGUGAGUCAGCAUGCCUGCUUGUCUAUGUAACAAAAAUGUAUUUGCACAAUAGAAGAAGAACACUGGAGGACUUUAAGACAAAAAAUAAAAACACAAACCUCCCGCAGCAGCGGCGACUCCCAAGAGCACCAAACAGGAUGUUUUUUUUCUUCCUCGUUGGUGUGACAAUUCAAGACUUUUCAAGGGACAUUUGUUAUUGUUCCCGCUGUUUCCGAUGAUGAUUUUGAUGGCACUUAGAACAUGUACGGACUGUGCUAAAGAGAAACACGCUCUGCCAAACCUCUGCUACAUCCACACCUUCAAAAAGACUCCCAAAGAAUGUUCCUCUUUCACAGAUUUGUGAGUGCGCUGUUACAGGAAAGAAACAUUUGGAAAAAAAGGGCAUCGCCGUUUUUGAUUGUCACUCCCACCUCGGCCAGUUCUCUCUAUAUAAAUAUAACCACUGUGGCUCAAGAGCAAUUCUCGGUUUACAUGUAAAUGGAUAAAAAAGUUAUUUUUUGUUUGUUGUUUGUCUCUAUUGAUGAAAAAUGUUAUCUUUCUUUGGGACCUACGCUUUGGACAUUUCAUCUCUGACAUCAUCUAUAAAA